CUAAUUUUUCCAAGAUUAAUCUUCUGUCAAUUAUUAUGUUGGCUAGCCACAAUUACAGGCUUUAUUAGCCGGCGCCACCAACAAAAGUGCAGCACUUUGUCCUAAUAAGCCUUCUUGGUUCGCUUGACACAGAAAUCGAAUCCACCAUGUCAGCCCAACCUCUCAUCAAAGUUGUAGCUAUCUGCGGAUCACUUCGCAAAGCUUCUUCCAACCGUGGCCUCCUCCGAUCUGCAAUUGAGUUGAGUGAGUCAAUAGAUGGAAUAACAAUCGAGUAUGUCGACGUCUCGCCUCUACCGAUGCUGAACACGGAUCUGGAAGUCGACGGCAAAUAUCCGCCCGUAAUUGAGGAAUUUCGUCAGAAAAUUCUUCAGUCCGAUUGCUUCCUCUUCGCUUCUCCUGAAUACAAUUACUCCAUCACCGCACCUUUAAAGAACGCAAUAGAUUGGGCAUCGAGGCCACCAAAUGUGUGGGCCGAUAAAGCUGCUGCGGUCGUAAGUGCUGGAGGAGGGUUUGGUGGAGGAAGGUCACAGUACCAUCUUCGCCAAAUUGGAGUUUUUCUUGAUCUUCAUUUCAUAAACAAGCCUGAGUUCGUCUUGAAUGCCUUCCAACCUCCUGCAAAGUUCGAUAGCGAUGGCAAUCUAAUUGACCCUCAAUCUAAGGAAAGGUUAAAAGGUGUUCUUCUCAGUCUUAGAGAUUUUACCUUGCGACUCCAAAAAGGUAAGUGAUGAUGAAUUAGAAUGCUAUUGCUUUGCAAAAAAAUCCAAGUAUGUUGAAAAUAAAUUUAGAUUAAGAUUUGUGAAAUGCUGCACUUCAAAGGUGAUCGAUACUUGCAGUUUUUUCAAUCCACUACUCUCAUUGUGAUGUGAAUUUGUGAUUUAUGCUCACAUGUUGAUUGGGACCUUCAUCCAUAAUUUUUACUUAUAUUAUCCAAAUGUCGAAUAUUGUUUUCGGAAGAUAUAUCGUUCUUGACAUAUCUCUUUAGACCUUAACUAUCUUUAAAUUGAUGAAUCAAAUAUCACACCGUCUCCAUUGUGUAAUGCGACUAUGAGAGCAUGAGUUGAUUGUG